UAUUAUUAGGCAGUUAGGUUAUUUGCCAGCCUGUUGGCCAGUCAACACCAAUGUGUUUCCUUCAACGCCAUGAAUCUCAGCAUAUGCUAUUUUACAUAUCCUAAAUAAUUUAAAUACAUUUCUUACUCUUUCCACAGCAUGUAGACCCCAUGAAGCACAGGACAAUAAAGCUUCCUACUCAUACCACCAGGAGGAUCACUUUGAAAGAUUCACGGCAGGACUACCAGAGAGACUAAUUUGUCUGAAGCAUCAUGUAUUGAAACAACAGAAGGCUACUACCUUUGCACUAUCUAGAAACAGUUACAAUGUUUUCAAUUCUUUGAGCUCCAGGAAGCCAGGGGAGUAAGCUGAAAAUCUGAAAAUGCGGCCAUGGACUGGUUCCUGGCGUUGGAUUAUGCUCAUUCUUUUUGCCUGGGGGACCUUGCUAUUUUAUAUAGGUGGUCACUUGGUACGAGAUAAUGACCACCCUGAUCACUCUAGCCGAGAACUCUCCAAGAUUCUGGCAAAGCUAGAACGCUUAAAACAACAAAAUGAAGAUUUGAGGCGAAUGGCUGAAUCUCUACGGAUACCAGAAGGCCCCAUUGAUCAGGGGCCGGCUUCAGGAAGGGUUCGUGCUUUAGAAGAACAGCUUGUGAAGGCCAAAGAGCAGAUUGAAAAUUAUAAGAAACAAACUAGAGAUGGUCUGGGGAAGGAUCAUGAAAUCCUAAGGAGGAGGAUUGAAAAUGGAGCUAAAGAGCUCUGGUUUUUCCUACAAAGUGAAUUGAAGAAAUUAAAGAAUUUAGAAGGAAAUGAACUCCAAAGACAUGUAGAUGAAUUUCUGUCAGAUUUGGGACAUCAUGAAAGGUCUAUAAUGACGGAUCUAUACUACCUCAGUCAAACAGAUGGAGCAGGUGAUUGGCGGGAAAAAGAGGCCAAAGAUCUGACAGAGCUGGUUCAGCGGAGAAUAACAUAUCUUCAGAAUCCCAAGGACUGCAGCAAAGCCAAGAAGCUAGUGUGUAAUAUCAACAAAGGCUGUGGCUAUGGCUGUCAACUCCAUCAUGUGGUCUACUGCUUCAUGAUAGCAUAUGGCACCCAGAGAACACUCAUCUUGGAAUCUCAGAAUUGGCGCUAUGCUACUGGUGGAUGGGAAACUGUGUUUAGACCUGUAAGUGAGACAUGCACAGACAGAUCUGGCAUCUCCACUGGACACUGGUCAGGUGAAGUAAAGGACAAAAAUGUUCAGGUGGUUGAGCUACCCAUUGUAGACAGUCUUCAUCCUCGUCCUCCAUAUUUACCUCUGGCUGUACCAGAAGACCUUGCAGAUCGACUUGUACGAGUCCAUGGUGAUCCCGCAGUGUGGUGGGUUUCCCAGUUUGUCAAGUACUUGAUCCGUCCACAACCUUGGUUGGAAAAGGAAAUAGAAGAGGCCACCAAGAAGCUGGGCUUCAAACAUCCAGUUAUUGGAGUCCAUGUCAGACGCACAGACAAAGUGGGAACAGAAGCAGCCUUCCAUCCCAUUGAGGAAUACAUGGUGCACGUUGAAGAACAUUUUCAGCUUCUUGCUCGCAGAAUGCAAGUGGAUAAAAAAAGAGUAUAUUUGGCCACAGAUGACCCUUCUUUAUUAAAGGAGGCAAAAACAAAGUACCCCAGUUAUGAAUUUAUUAGUGAUAACUCUAUCUCUUGGUCAGCUGGACUACACAACCGAUAUACAGAAAAUUCACUUCGGGGUGUGAUUCUGGAUAUACACUUUCUUUCUCAGGCAGACUUCCUAGUGUGUACUUUUUCAUCCCAGGUCUGUCGAGUUGCUUAUGAAAUCAUGCAAACACUGCAUCCUGAUGCCUCUGCAAACUUCCAUUCUUUGGAUGACAUCUACUAUUUUGGGGGCCAAAAUGCCCACAACCAGAUUGCCGUUUAUCCUCACCAACCUCGAACUGCAGAUGAAAUCCCCAUGGAACCUGGAGAUAUCAUUGGUGUGGCUGGAAAUCAUUGGGAUGGCUAUUCUAAAGGUGUCAACAGAAAACUGGGAAGGACGGGCCUAUAUCCCUCCUACAAAGUCCGAGAGAAGAUAGAAACGGUCAAGUACCCCACAUAUCCUGAGGCUGAGAAAUAAAGCUUAGAUGGAAGAAAAGGACAUCCAAACUCAGUUCAAACCAUUUGAGCCAAACAGUGGAUGAAGAAGGCCCUGACCUAACAACACAUGGUUAAAUGAGUAGAUACCCUCAGCACCAGGAGCAACUGGGAGCUGACAGAUGCUUCAUUGGUGGAAUUACUCUUUAACAAGGGCUACAAUGCCCUCAAACCCAUGCACAAUCCAAUAAUGUACUCACAUAUAACAUGCAAACAGAUUGUUUUCUACUUUGACCCUUCUUUGAAGAUUAUGUCCCCAUGAAACAAACACUGCCACAUUGUGUAAUUUAAGUGACACAGACAUUUUGUGUGAGACUUCAAACAUGGUGCCUAUAUCUGAGAGACCUAUGUGACCCAAUGAGAAGACCCAAACAGCUCCCUACUGUGGGGAGGUUGAUUCUUAGCCAGUGGUGGUAUUGUAACCACUGAAUUCACUCCAAUCAACAGAUUCAGAAUGAGAAUGGAUGUUUUUGUCUGGAAUUUUUUUUUUAAGUAAUUGUAUCAGUUCAUCCACCUCAUUAUUAAUAAGUGAAGGAUACAUCAAAAAAUAAAACAUUCACACUCGAUUAGGAACUUUUGUAAAACAAUGCCAUGAACAGAUUCUUUAGUACUCAAUGUUUCUGGACAUUCUCUUUGAUAACAAAAAAUAAAUUUUAAAAAGAG